AUGAAACUACAUUUGUGCUUGAUGCAAGUGCUGAUCGCGCACCAGAUAUGCGCGAGUAUGGGAAUCCAUUCCAUAGAAAAAGUUCUAAAAGCAAAACUAGGCCCGGGGUUUACACUGAUCCACCCAGAAGGCCCGCUCAGCCCACUCCCUGCAUACAUUUCUAGCAGAUGCGGAUUUGUCUAUAACAAAAGGUUCUUUUCCCCUGACAUAAAUGCAUGGUAUGAGCUAAAAGAAAAAAAAGAAUCUGAAGCAGGCGAAAGCAAGUAUAUUUACACACGGCAGCCUGAUAGAGACAGAGUGCACAGCGCAGACAAAAUGCCAACAAGCAUGCAAAUAGGCAUAGAGAACUACCACUCAGUUCUGCUAAAGAUGUUCCCUUCCCCACUAGGAGAUCUAUCUAUAAAGACACCUAGAAACAACGCAUUCAUUGCAUUUCUUAGCGAUAAAGAGGUCAGCAAGCAUGCCUACAGGAUUCUAGCCUCACUUUUCCUGCUCUCUGACGGGGUAAACGUGCCCCUGACUCUCUCUAAAACAGAUAAAGCAGCAACGCUAACUCUGAAAAACCUAAAGAACAACACAGAUCACUUCUCUAUUAAUAUGACUGUGCCUCGCCUGGUGGCUAUGAACAAGGGCCUGAUUAAAGAAAAGAAUGUAUUCCAGAAUGAUGCUGUGUUUAUCUUUGAGUACUUUUUGAAAGUAAAGGACAGCACACUGGUGACAGAUAAAGAGUACUCCUCUUCAGUAUCAUACAAUGAGUUCAAAAAAGGCCAGUUUUUAAACAGCCCUAAGUGGCUGAUGCAGGCAUACAUAUUUGAGUAUAUAAGCACCCCUGAGAACUACAUUGCCUUUUCAAUGGUUGUGCAUGAAAUGCUGUGCGAGUAUCUAGAGGCUGCAAGAUCCGACCAAAAUAUGAACAUCCAGCAUAUUGACUCUAUAUUCUACCGGUACUUUAUUUCUGAGGAGGAUACAGCCCGCCAGUUCGACUAUAUAAAGAUCAUGAAAGAAAUACAAGGCAUCAAGUCAGAGCAUAAUAUAUCUCCAUUCAGCGCAGACGUACAGGUACCCUCUGCACAAAGAACUCCAAUAUACAUUCGGGCUAAGAAAGAAUUUAUAAGUGAAACCUUCAAUAACAGCGUAGAGGCAUCUUUGCUUGGAGUGUUUUUCUGCCUUCUGUACUGCCCAAACACAGAAUCAUACAGCACACAUCACAUACUGCAUGCCUCUGAAGAGCUGACAAACUUUUUCUGCAAGUACGACACACCCUUCAAAGCAACUGGAGCAGCUGUCUACAAAGAUUGGAGCCGGGUUGUGUCUGGAUUAUGCAAUAACUACAUUGUAUACACUGGAGCCAACAGAAACCGCCUGGAGCCUGGUAUAGUCAACAUGCUGUGCGUAAUUACAACCAUAACUGGAACCUUUGAGACGGAGAAGAAGACACUUGACUAUAUAAUAAGAGAGAUAAACCAAGAACACCCUAAAGAAGCUAUUUUCAAGACUCUUGAGAAAUAUGCAACAAAUCUGUUUAGGAGUCUGUCUGUGGGCGAGUCCGGCACACUAUUAGAUGACAUAGGGGAGAGCAAUAAACACAUCUCGUGUUUCUCACUAGGCCACGCGCAUGACAACAGUAGGAGUGUUAAAGUGAGCUUGGAAAAGCCACAAAUUACUUCUAUUGCUGACGAAAGAAAAGACAUAUACGGGACCAUUGUUAUAACAUAUAAAGACAAGAAAGAAAAGGCAGGAGUAGUUCUGACAUCUGACACUCAGGAUAUGAAAAUCACAAAUUUCCCGGAAUUUAAUCAAGACUGGCUAAGCCUCUCAAACAAAGUCAACAGACUUCUUUGGGUAAAUAAACUGCGCAGAAAAAAGACAUUUGCAUCCUGCAUGGUGCUUCAUUAUUUAAACCAAAAAAUGAAGAAGGCUUUGCCCGAAAGCGACCAAACUGAAAAUCUUAUAAAGAAGAUUACAGAUACAAAAGAAGGUACCCAUGCGUAUCUAGAGAAGUUCCUUCUCAUGGAUACAAUCCAAAUGCCUGAGCAUAAACUUACUCUUGUAUACCGCAUGCUCCUGCAUAAAAUUGGGCAUUCUAUUUCUCAAAACGACCCCAUAGCCCGAUUUAUAUCUAACAUAAUUGGCAGCGAGUUCCUUGACCAGACAGAAACAUUGAACAAGUUUAUCUCAUGCAUUACAAUAACAGGAAUGAACAGGCAAAUAUGCCCAAGAAUCAACUCUGUGGAUGACAAAGUUAUAGAAUAUGACUGCUGUGCUGACAUGCUUAAAGAAGGGUUUAAAUAUUGCAUAACAGCGAACAAACCACUAUCUGCCCGUGUGCAGUUCAUAAAGACUGCGUUAGAACUUGGAGAAACGCAUAAGGACUGUGAGUUCCUAAAGAUCAUGGCAUCUGUCUCAUCGAAAAAACAAGUUCAGCUGCUUUCUUUCCUAACAGAGAAAGGCAAGACCAUUAAGCACUUGGUUAGCAUAGCAGAAGUUCUUGAGGCAAUGCAGGAAAAGGGAGAGAGCAACCCGGAAAUAUCUCUUUCAACUAGUACCUUCUGGGCCAUUUGGAUUAGCAUAGCAUGCCAGAAAGAUAAUUUAAAGCGGAUUAUAAUGGACUGCUUCAACCAAAUACCACCAUACCAAGACAACAUCCAAGUAGUUUCUCACAACAUAACCCGAGAGAAGGGCACCGGAUUUUAUGAGAAAGUGGCUGCUACUAUGUCUGGUUUGGAAGAAGCCUUGUGCAAAACACAAGAAGAUCUGACGAAGUACACCAUACUUAUAAACAUAUUCGGAUACGAAGCACGGGGUGAAAUUCAAACAGUUGAUGCGCCCCAGGAUGAAACACAGUGA